CUUGUGAUCGACAUUCAAGAACAUAAAAGUAAGUCAACAACACAUCAUGUCUUCCUCUUCGUCCUCGUCUUUACGUAGUGACGUAGAUAAUCGCUCGACUUUGUCCCCCCACACGACCACCACCAGCCUCUUCUCUUGCUGCGCGCAGUGGUUCCGGCUUCAGGGAGACCCGUUCUACACCAAAAUCUCCAACUAUGGAAGCGUCAGGUUUGAAAUCGUCAAAGUUGAAAUACUUUGUAAUGCAUAAAAUGCAUGACCCGAGGUACGUGCGUUGCAGAGCGGGCAAAUGAGGCCGAUUGUCAGCCUGUUUGGGGUUACAGCUCCAGCUGCUAAAGUAGCAUGAGAAAAUCGCUCUUCUCUGCCUAAACAGCAUGACAGACUGGAUUUAGGGACCACCGAAAUUUGUCAUGCGCCACUUGGAAACUGGGUUCCAACUGGUAUCCAUUUUAUGCAUGACAAAUUAUUUCAACUUUGUCGAUUUCAACUCUGACACAUCCAUACCAGCACCCUGAAAAAAGGCCGGGCGAUCACGCUCAACGACCUCCCGCCACUCGCGCGCGAAGAUGCUUUUGGCGAUACUAGCGAAAUAGAACCACGACCGGGCACUUCUUCAUCUAAAGCUCGUCCGGCUACCGACAAGCAAAGCGGGAAUGGUAAUGAUGUUGAUGCCGGAAACGAAGAACAGCCUCAGCAGCACCAAGCGACACCAGGACAACAUCCACCUUCUCCUCCCCGCCGCUUCCGCGAGGAGGUAUUCCACCGGGAGAAGGGCCAUUUGCUCUUCGGCGCACUGUAUAAAAUGCAAAUAUGUCUGGGUCUGGAAACCUGUGAUGUUGAAGUGUGCAUGAUGGAAACACUUCCGAAUGCAGGAGCCCAGCAUGACAACUUUCCGGAGCGCUUUCUCAUAGGCAGUGCGCAUGAGAAACUGCUUUCAUUCUUGCAUGACAAAAAUGGCUGCGGCUUUUGUCGGUUAAGUAUGCAAUACAGAUUUCCCAGGAGUGUAAAGCUAGCAUUACAAGUUCAACCAUCGAGACCCAGACACAUUUGCACUUGAUACACUGUUGCAACUAACCGAGGUCUGUUGGCGGUUGUCGAUCCCGCUUGCCAUCUACGCACUGCUGCACAGCAUAAGGAAGGGCGACCGCGAGGACGCCCUCUUUUUUCCAUCCGGGGUUGGCAGAAACGGCGAGGAUGCGGCUGCGCAGCUUAUCAAAGUGAGAAAAGCCCCCUCCCCAUAUUGAACCGGGAACUUAUGUUGCUGGAUUUGUGUACACAACUAAGGUCUGUCUUGCUGGAGAGGACUGCAGGCAUGUGCCGAGCCUGAGGCGAGAGGUUUUGACGUAGGCGACUAGCAUGGCAGAUGUCUGCGCUGUAAGCCCAGCAGCAUCGCAAACCGCCUGCAUAAACAUAAUGCGACGGACUCUCUGGCUUUGCCUUCUCGGAAGACAGGCCGGAUUUGUGGUGACAAAUGUGCAUCACAAAUUUUCAGACGAAUGCGCUUUGAAUAUGGGAAGGGGGGAUUUUUCCUUACGAUACAGCUGUCCCCCAUUUCGGAGCUGGUGGCGCAUGUGGAAAACGAUCUUGGUUAUCAAAUGUAAAAAUGUCUGGGUCUGGAAGAAUCCGAAAUUUGUUAUGCUGUUUUUGCAUGACACAGAAUGUCUGUCAUGAAAGCCCUAGUAUCACAGAUUUCAAGAGGCCUUCCUGAUGCCUAUUCCGCAUGACAAAUCCCCUCCACGCGUAGCACAAACCGGACUCCUCUUGCUGGUCAUGCAAUACAGAAUUUUUUAGAGUCCAGAGUUAGCAUCACAAGUUCCAACCUUCCAGACCCAGACAUUUUUGCAAUCCAUAUUGGUCAACAUGGAACAAGUGAAGAUGAACAUCUACAAGCGCAUACCAGUACACCAGGAGCAGAGUUUUUAGCAGACAACAGCAACACCAUCCCCCACUCCUCCCACGCCGCCUUCUCUUACGUGGUCCUCCUCUACCUCGCCUUGGUGAUGAGCUGCGUUGCGCAAAACUGGGCGGUGCACACAAAUAUGCGGCUCGCGGUCCGGAUUCGCGCGUAUCUGAUUCACAGGUGUUUUCUCUCGACUUUUGACCUUCACAAGACGGUGGGGCAGCAGGACGUCGGUAGCUCGGGCACGGCAGCUGCGGGGGGAACUACAGAUAGAGGUGGGGACACCAAGG